AUCAUAGGGCCGCUUGGGACGGCAUAUGAGGGCGGCUACUUUCUGGCAACGAUCAAGUUCCCAUACGAGUACCCAUUCAUGCCACCGACCUUCACCUUCUCCAACGGCUUCUACCACCCCAACGUCUUCGAAGACGGCCGGCUCUGCAUCUCCAUUCUCCAUCCACCAGGAGACGACGAAAUGUCAGGCGAGUCCGCCGCCGAACGCUGGAACCCAACGCAAUCCGUCGAAUCCAUCCUGCUCUCCGUCAUCUCGUUACUCAACGAUCCCAACACGGCGUCGCCGGCGAAUGUAGAUGCGAGCGUGCAGUUUAGGAAAGACCCGAAGGAGUUUGAGAGGAGGGUUAAGGAGUUGGUGGAGAAGAGUAAAAAGGAUAUUCCAGCGGAUCUGGUGAUGCCGACGAGUGGUGGGUUUCGGCGAUUCAUGUUCAUUGAGUAG